AAAAAAUGCCUAAUACGGCAUCACUUGUGAAACGAAUUACCCCGAGAAAAAAGAACGAUAAACAUAAACAUAAUAAAGCCGGCUUAAAAAUCAAACUGUGCUCAGUUAAUUUAAUAUCAUCUCCUAACAAACGGACAAGUGAACUAAAACAAUGGCGAUCGUUUCAUCGGCCCGCGAGUCCCUCUCCCACGCGAUGAACAACCGCUUCCUGCCCAACCUGGAGUACUUGCUGCAGGGAUCCAUCCUGGACUCUGCCGUGGAACACUUGAUGCACAGACUAAAGGGACUCUGCGACAAUGUGGACACCUCGCCGGAGCCGUUUCACGACCUGGAAGUAUGCAUGAGCCUGCGCCAGCCCAAUGCCAACCAGCCACUGCUGCUUCGCGUGCGCCGAGCGCUUGGUCGCGAUGCUCCCUUUCAGAUGCGCUACCUAGGUAACCCCGAGGUGGAUCAACGGCGGCCCACAUUGGUACGCAGCUGCAUGGACUGCGCCUGCACCAAUGGCAUCUUGGAAUUCCUCACGGAAAUGGGCUUUCGCCUAGAGUUCGAGUACAUAGCCAAGGGCUACAUGUUUCGCAAGGGUCGCAUGAAGAUUACCGUCUCGAAGCUCAUCAAAAUUGUGCCCGGCAAGCAGCAGGACAUGGCCAACGAACCAAUCUCACAAAGCUACAUAGUAGAACUCUCUGUGGUGGCGCCCACGGGGCAGGAGAAUGUCGGCGAGGAAAUGCGGGUAUUUGCCGAGCAGCUAAAGCCUCUCGUGCAGCUUGAGAAGAUCGACUACAAGCGACUGGGCGGCAUGCCGUAGUUUAUAAUAAAGGUGCACUCCGUAUUUA